AUGGCGUCGGCGACCUCGAUCCCUCAUGGCAACACAAUGGGCGACCUUGGAUCGAGGCGCAAGUCGCAGUGGUUCGAGACCAGCGAGAUGUUGGGGACUUUCCUGGCUUCGACCCCGCUGCUGAAGGAGGCGUGGAGGCUGGCCGGCACCGCGAGCGCGAUGGGGUGCGGUGCCUUCGCGGCGGAGCAAGUCGGGGGCGUGGGGUACGUGGCAUUCUCGGGCAUCCAGGAGACGCCGGUGCUCGGUUGGGAUCCGAACUACGGCAUGCUGGUGCCGCUGGACGUAGCAGGCCACGGGCUGUUCGCGCCGCUGAAAUGCCGUUACGACGACGAGGAGCCGGUCAUGGUCCACUCUGGAGUGCUUCACCUCUUCCUUCAAUAUCAUUCGCGUCCGGAUUUCCAAAGCCAGAUUCGUAGCUUGCUAGCUGAAACCAAGUCAAUAGUGAUCACAGGCCAUUCCCUAGGAGGAUCAGUGGUAUUACUCACCGCUCUUUGGCUCCUCUCCUACCUCAAAUCCAUCUUCUCACCCCUGUCGGUCUUAUGCAUUGGUUUCGGCUCUCCUUUCCUCGGCAAUGAGUCGCUUUCCCAAGCCGUCCUCCGCGAAAGAUGGGGCGGCAGCUUCUGCAACGUCGUGUCGACGCAUGAUAUAAUGCCGAGGUUAUCUCUCGACCAAUCACUUGUUCUGACUCCCCAGUGGCAGGCCCUCAUAAGAUUCUGGUACACGUCUAUGAUGUCACCGAACUCUAUGAAUUUGGCUAACCUCCAAUUAAAUGAAGAAGACAAAGCCCGGUUAUUUUCCUCCGUUGCGGCUGACAUGGAGCGCCUAGCGCAGGCAGGGGAAGGCGAGGGAGGGAGGUCGUUUUGGCCAUUUGGGAAUUACUUGUUUUGUUCAGAUGAGGGCGCCAUUUGUUUGGACAACGCUGUAUCGGUCAACAAGAUGAUGCAUUUGAUGCUAAGGACAGGCUCCCCAAAUUGUAUCAUUGAGGAGCACCUUAAUUAUGGGUGGUAUGUUGAGAGACUGAGUCUUCAGUCUUUGAAGAGAAGCUUCAUGGAAGGAGAUCUCUCUAAAUCAAGCUAUGAAGCAAGUCUUUCAUUGGAUUUGAACUCCUCAGGGACUUAUCGACAGGUAUUGAUUGCACCGAUGACAAAAGAUUGCUUGAAGAUGACGAGGCGAAUGGGGCUCGCGCCGAACCUAAACACUGCCGACUUAGCCAAUAGGCUCUCCAAAAUCACUCCUUAUAGGGUGGAGAUAGAGUGGUAUAAAGCUUGCUGCGAUAAGUCCAACGAGCAAAGAGGAUACUAUGAUUCUUUCAAGCAGAGGGGGGCCUCAAGGAGAGAGUCCCAUGUAAACAUGAAUCGGUACAAGCUUGCGGCCUUUUGGGACAAUGUCAUACACUUGAUGGACGGGAAAGAGCUCCCACACGAUUUGCACAAAAGGUCCAAAUGGGUAAACGCGGCGCAGUCCUACAUGCUUCUUGUGGAGCCAUUGGAUAUCGCGGAGUAUUAUCGGUCAAGGAUGCACCUUAAGAAAGGCCACUACAUAAGCAAUGGAAGAGAGAGGAGGUACAAAAUUUUCGAUCAGUGGUGGACUGAGAGAGUUGUUACCGAGAAACUGGGCAAUAAUAGGAGGAUCAGGUAUGCAGGCUUGACCCAAGACGCUUGCUUUUGGGCAAGGGUGGAGGAAGCAAAGGAGUGGCUGGACAACAUUAAGUGUCAGAGUGACCCUAGAAACCUGGCUUUUCUUUGGGAUGGACUCAAUAAGUUUGAAACUUAUGCAAUGAACCUGGUUGAAGGAAGAGAGGUGUCUGCUGAUGUUGUGGCUAAGAAUUCGAGCUUUAGCCUGUGGUUAAAAGAAUGGACAGCAUGGAAAUCACAAAUUGAUCCCCUUAUUGUGUCCCAAUCGAUGUCACUUAUUUAG